CAAGUUGCCGGCUCAUGUCCGGCUGGAGGGUAUGAAUUCAAGAGGUUGCUACAGGCACACAACAUGGCAGCAACCGGAGGUCUCGCCAUCCUUGUGGAUGAGAAGCGGGUCAAUGAGUUGCUGCAGCAGAAGAGCGGGCUGAAGGCUUUGCUGCGGUCCACCUUCAACACCGUUCUCUUCGUUUGCUUCCUGAUACUCUUCACCUCCCUGGCUCUCAGCGAGCCCCGAGACAAGAUGCGGGCCUUCGAGGGAUACCUGCGCAAGCGCUUUGACGAAACGGCCCCCGUGCGCCUCAAGGACGUGGGCUCUGUGGAAGCUUUCUGGGACUACCACAACGCGUCCUUUAUGCCUGCUGUCUACGGGCAAGACUUGGCCAAGUACUCGUACCCUGGGGCAACGAUCCCCACCUGGCUGCAGAUCGAUGGGCCCAACUACCUCUAUGGCCUGGGUCGGAUGAGGGCAAUGAACGUGAAGCCCAACUUAGGGUGCAAGGUCGCCGAGCAAUUCAGCAGCUACUUCCCCACUUGCUAUGGACCUUUCAGCCCAGAGGCGUUGGAUCGAGAUGCAUUUGGCCCCAUGAACGGCGAGGGCGUGCCUUCCUUCUUCUUCACGCCGGACGCCAAUGGCGAGGAGUACGAGGGCAUCCUGGCCAGAUAUCCCACGGGAGGAUACACCGAGAUUUACACGCCGGACUACCUUACGACAAAUUCCAAGUUCCAGGUGAUGCGGGAUGAUGGCUUCGUGAGCGAGAAGACCAGGGCACUGUUCUUGGAGUUCACCAUCUACAACUUCAACCUGGGGCUCUACGGUGUUUGUCGCAUCGUCUUCGAGAUCGCCGCCGCCGGCGACUGGACUCAGACCUUCGAACUGGACGUCCUAAUGCAGAGGAAUUUGCAGCCGUUGGGUGCUGGCUCCACAGAGGACUGGCUCUUUCUCAUCCUUGAGGCCGCCCUGGUGCUUUUUGUGCUGCGCUACGUGCUGGAGGAGGCGUCGGAGUUCAUUGGCUUUGAGUCCAAAGGCACCGGCAUGCAGCUGGCCAUCAAGUGGGACUACUUCAUGGAUGCCUGGAACAUCUUGGACUGGUUCAACUUGAUCAUGAUGAUCAUCACGGUCUGCUACAAGGUGGACACCUGGUCCAAGGCCGGGAGCUUGUACGUCAUCUCCCCGUCCAACUGGAACGACGUCACCAUGGACAUGUACUCCGACUUCCACGGGGUGGCGGCAAACGUGCGGCAAAUUCAGAGCUUGGUAUCUUUCAAUACCAUCCUCACCUGGUUCAAGGCGGUGAAGUACAUAAACAUCAUCCCCUACGUGACCACCUUCAUGCAAACCGUGAGCAUUUCUCAGCAGAACCUGGGCUCCUGGAUUGUGGUCUUCAUCACCACCUUGGUGGGCUUCGUCCUGGCCUGGAGCACAGCCUUUGGUGGCGACGUGUCGUCGCUGCGCACGCCCUUUCAGGCCUUCCGAUUCAUCAUGCUGACGAUUUUGGGCAACAGCGAUGUGUCGGUGAUCUAUGAAGUCUCCCCCUUUCUUGGGGCCUUGCUGAUUAUGAUGUACGUGGUGAGCAUCUUCUUCAUCAUCAUGAACUUGUUCUAUGCCAUCAUUGUCAGCACCCUCUCGGAUGCCAAAGCGGAGGAGGACUCCAAGCAGAAGAAGAAGUGGGCGGUUUUGCAAGAUCGGAUCACCGACUCGUGGCAUGCCAUCAACUACGGAGGGAAGAUGGAGAAGCAGUUUCGCUCCUGCUUCCCUGGGCUCUACUCGCGCUUGAUGAAGCGGCAUCAGAGGGUCCAGGCCCAUGAGAAGGAGAGAGAUGACAUGGUCUUGGGGAAGGAGAUGAAGAUCCGGAUGCAGGACUCCACCAUCGCGCUGGGCCCGGGCUCGGCCACCUGGGGCCGGCGCCCCAGGCGUCAGCUGGCCACCGUGGCCAUUGAGGACAAGGUGGAGUCCGAGGAUGAGGGGUCAGAGCCAGAUCUGGGCCCCUUGAGGACGCUGGACCAGUUGAGAGAGUCCAAGGAGGCCGACCUUAUGCUUACCUUUGGCAGCACCUCAACCAGCGUUGGCAAUGAAGUCGAUGACCAGAAGCUGACGGACGAUGGGGUAGACCUGGUCAUCGAUGCCACCCGGCACAUCGCGCACGGGGUGGUUGAGCGGAGCCGGGGCGCGCGGGGCGUGCUGCUCAACGAGAUGGCGGAGUCUAUGGAGGUGCUGAACAACGUGUCCCUGGUGCUGGAGGUGCUGGGCAAGCGGACUAGAGACCUGGAAGCCCAGCAGAGACAGAUCCUCAAGAACAUUUGAUUUUUGCGCCUGUGUCACCUCUUGCAAGCCCCCCCGAAAUGUGUGCCAGUCUCGAAGGGACUUCGGCUCUUGUGGCAAAGCUGCGGCAUGCGAAUUUCAAGUGAAUGCCAGCCUCAGUGCGAGCCACAUUGGUGCAACAAGGGCCGACAUUUUGUGUUAAGUGUAUGCUGCAGGAAUUCACCAGGCAUUCUACGCGUGAAGCACGUGGAUGCCUGGCAGUAUUUGCAACGAUGGGAACUUGGGAGAACCUGGGGCACCAUACCAAUCAGAGGAAUCCGCC